AUGUCCGCGCAUAGCUUCCCUGGGCAGAUGCGGCGCAGAAUCAUCAUCGCCACCGUCCUGUUGACCGCCAUCACCAUGGUCUGGAAAUCGUCAGCUUUCUCAUCGGACUCUAGCAUGGUCAUCAAAGUCCCGAAGCUCCUCGGUACCGUCUCGCUGCCGCAGCGCUUCGGAUCGACGUCGGACCUCUCUUAUCUUGCUCCGCAUAUCAAAAGCUCCUCUUUCACCUACGCCCACCGCAGUAUACGUACGAGAUAUGUCUCUGGGGAGCGAUCGACCUUGUCACAGAUCCCAGAGCCUCUGCUGGGAGCACCUUACGUACUCUCCAAAAACAACCUGACCGCCUUGCGGAUCGAUACCCCUUCGGUGCUCACACUCGAGGUUCCGAAAACUCCACAGGUCGAUACGUCCAUUCUUUCCUUCGGCAUCGCCACUAAGCUUGCUCGCCUCGAACAGGCACUUGCUCAGUUAGAGUACUGGCUUCCCGCUUCAGGUGCGCAGCUGCACGUCUCGAUUCCGGGUUCUUCGAGGCCAUCCUUCGCCUCCGAGUCCCUUACCACGGAGCAGCUCUACCAGCAUGCCAAAAUCAAUAUGACCCUGCACAUGGACGACAAGCCGUUCGCAAAGGCCUACUUCGGUCUGAUCAAGACUCUGUACGAAGCCCGAGCGCCCAAUACGCAAUGGCUUGUAUUGAUAGACGAUGACACUUUCUUACCCUCGCUACCGUACCUCGUACAUCACCUCCAGUCGAGUUACGAUGUGAGCCAACAAGCGCUGGUGGCAGCGCUGUCAGAUAACUUCAAUCAGGUCCGUGCGUACGGACUCAUGCCUUUUGGCGGCGGUGGAAUCUUCAUAUCAAUGCCUCUCGCGGAAUUUCUUGUGCAGAGGGAAGUCUGGGACAAAUGUCUGGAGAAUCCAAAAACAGAGGGAGAUCAAAUCGUGCAUGACUGCUUGAACGGCCAUUCUAUCAUCCGUCCUGCCCAUGAUGCCGGGCUACAACAGAUGGAUAUACAUGGUGACCCAUCAGGCUACUUUGAAAGUGGCAGACGGCUACUCACCAUCCAUCACUGGAAGUCAUGGUACCACGUGGAUAUCCCACUUUCGAUCAAUGUCUCGAAAGCCUGCGGUUUCGAAUGUCUGUUCCAGCGAUGGUCCUUUACCGACAACAUUGUUCUGAGCAACGGAUACAGCGUGGUUGAGUAUCCUAGUGGAUUCGGUGGGUUGCAACUGAGUGAGGUGGAACUUACCUGGGAUGGCGAGUGGAAAGAUUAUAUUCACCAUAUGGGCCCUUUACGAGCACGCUUGGACCGGGAGAAGAAGAGAUCUGCGAGACUUGUCGAGAGCAGUGUCUUGGAUGGGAUAGGUGUCAGACAGAUCUAUGUCGAUAAAGCGGAGAAUAUGAAUGGAGAGAUGGACCGAGUUGUGGAACUACUGUGGUUGUUUUGA